AUGGCAGGCGAGGGGUGGCGGGCGGAGCCGGAGAGGGAAGGAUGGGGGCUGUACGUCACGCCCAGGGCUCCGCUACGGGAGGCGAGGCCCCGGCUCGCCCCUCAAAAUGGCGGCGGCAGUGACGCGCCUGCGUAUGGAACUCCUACGCCGUCGCGCCACGGCCGGCGGGAAGUGAGGUUCUCAGAAGAGCCGCCCGAAGUGUACGGCGACUUCGAGCCCCGGGCGGCCAAAGAAAAGGCCCCGGUGGGAAGACAAAUUCCGCUAGAAGAGUUCCGGCCCGAUUCGGCGAAAGAGGAAGUGAGGGAACGCUCCUAUUACCUUCGGUCUCGGCAGCGGAGGCAGCCGCGACUCCCGGAAGCCGAGAUGAAGACGCGAAGGGCUACUCGCCUCCAGCAGCAGCAGCAGCAGCACUCACAGCCGCCUCCGCUGCAGCCGUCUCCGGUUACGACCCGGAGAGGAUUACGGGAAUCCCAUUCACCCGAAGAGGAUGAACCACCUUCACAAACUGUUUUAAGCCCAACCGUCUCAAAGAAAACUAUCAGGAGAACACAGACUCCAGUGGUGAGUAAAGAUCCUGUAAUGGGCCUGUGUAGACCCCCUCUAAGAAGCUCAAGAUUUGAAGCCACCAGUGCCCAACAGAAGGUCAAUUUCUCGGAAGAAGGGGAAACGGAGGAAAAUGAUCAAGACAGCUCUGACAGUGAUGUUACGGUUGUUAAGGUCAGAUCCGGGGAUUCUGUUGAGUCCGGAGACCAAACCACCAGAUCAUCAAGUCAAUAUCCAGAAUCACUUUGGCAGUCAUCACAAAGUCGAGACUUCACAGCUUUUGAUAAGCAACCAUUAGUGCUAAGCUCGGGAUAUCAAAAAAAUCCUCAGGAAUGGGUUGAACAAACCACAAGAAUGAGGACUAGGAUGCAAAAUGACGGUGUUCAGAAAUCAGAGCUUGGAAACCAAUCUCCAUCAACCUCCAGCCAACAAGUGACUGGACAACCCAAAAGUGCAUCUUUUGUCAAGGUGAAGUGGUUGUGGCCCCCUGUUCUGAUAGCUGCUCUUCUCAUUGGGUGUUUUUGGUACACUCGUACUCCUGAAGCAGAAACCACUGCUGUUCAAGAGUUCCAGAACCAGAUGAAGCAACUUAUGAAUAAGUACCAAGGUCAAGAUGAGAAUCUGUGGAAAAGGAGCCUAACAUUCCUGAAGAAACAUCUUAAUAGCUCCCACCCUCGGCCUCAGCCUGCUAUCUUGCUGCUCACUGCUGCCCAAGAUGCUGAAGAAGCACUCAAGUGUCUGAGUGAACAAAUUGCUGAUGCCUAUUCUUCCUUCCGAAGUGUUCCUGCAAUCCGGAUUGAUGGGACGGGCAAAGCAACUCAAGACAGUGAUGUCGUCAAAAAAGAGGUAGAUGAGAAACUGAGCAACGGAUUCCAAAAUGGCCAGAAUGCAGCUGUGGUCCACCGCUUUGAGUCACUGCCUGCAGGCUCUACUUUGAUCUUCUAUAAGUAUUGUGAUCAUGAAAAUGCAGCCUUCAAAGAUGUAGCCUUAGUCCUAACUGUCUUGUUAGAGGAGGAGACACUUGGAACCAGUCUAGGCCUAAAGGAAAUUGAAGAAAAAGUGAGGGAUUUCCUCAAAGUCAAGUUCACCAACUCUGAUACACCCAACUCCUACAAACAUAUGGACUCAGACAAAUUGAGUGGGCUCUGGAGCCGUAUUUCUCACUUAGUCCUGCCAGUACAACCUGAAAAUCACCUGAAAAGGGGCAUCUGCUCAUAAGAGGAGACAGAAGAGAAAAUCAUGUCUCAAGUUCUGAGAAUUUUUCAAACUUUCUAACCAUAGACAGGAUCCAGAGCUCUUUUUGAAAGAACUGGUUUCUUUUUAAAGGAGGUUAAGUUCUUAGGUAAACAUGGAAUAUCUAAAUCGUUUAUUCAACCUAAUUAUCUGUUUUUUGAGAGAAUCGUUU